CUGCGCACGUGGGCAGGAUCAAUGGUGUCACAUGAUUUGACAGUCCGACCAUUGACAACGAUGGCGGAAAGCUAAGGAAGGAAGAGAUCUGACAUCUGCCCUGGCCGUGGCAUCCUCUCUACCUUGACUGUUUGUGGAAUGGCUGCAGUUUGGCAGCAGGUGUUGGCAGUGGACGCAAGGUACAAUGCAUACCGCACGCCUACGUUCCCACAGUUCCGCACGCAAUACAUCCGCCGGCGCAGCCAGCUACUCAGGGAGAACGCCAAGUGUGGCUUUGAGCCGGGGCUGCGCAGGCAUUACCUGAGGCUGCGCAGCCAGCUGCUGGCCCUGCGCUACGGGCCCCUGUCUGAGCAGAGCAGCUUCAGGGCCAGCAGUGUGCGCAGCUCCCGCACCACAUUGGACCGCAUGGAGGAUUUUGAGGAGGACCCCCGUGCUCUGGGGGCUCGUGGGCACCGUCGAUCUGUGAGCAGAGGCUCCUACCAGCUACAGGCCCAGAUGAACAGGGCAGUCUAUGAUGAGAGGCCCCCAGGUGCCUUGGUGCCAACCUCUGUGGCAGAAGCUAGCCGUGCCAUGGCCGGGGACACCACUCUGAGCGAGAACUAUGCUUUUGCUGGCAUGCACCACAUAUUCGACCAACAUGUGGACUCUGCAGUUCCACGGCUGCAGUUUGCUAACGAUGACAAGCACCUCCUAGCCUGCUGCUCAUUGGACGGCACCCUGUCCAUCAUGAUCCUGUCCCCGUCCCCGCCCAGCGUGAAGGUUGUACUGAAGGGUCAUGCAGGUCCCGUCACCGACUUUGCUUGGUCCCUUAGCAAUGACGUCAUCGUGUCGACAUCAAAGGACGGAACGCUGCGUAUUUGGAACACGGAGGAUGGGAGGUGUAUCCGUGAGGUCAGAGACCCGGAGUCAAGCGAACUGCUUUGUUGCACCUUCCAGCCCAUGAACAACAACCUGACAGUGGUAGGGAACAGUAAGCACCUCCUGCAGGUGGUGAACAUCUCCACUGGGAAGAAGGUGAAGGGGGGUUCCAGUAAGCUGACGGGACGGGUACUGUCUAUGUCCUUUGAUGCCCCUGGGAGGAUCCUGUGGGCCGGGGAUGACAGGGGCAGCAUCUUCUCCUUCCUGUUUGACAUGGCCACAGGGAAGCUGACCAAAGCCAAGCGGCUUGUUGUGAGUGAGGGCAGCCCGAUCUGCAGCAUAUCUGCCCGCUCCUGGAUCAGCAGAGAGGCUCGAGACCCCUCCCUGUUGAUCAAUGCCUGUGUCAACAAACUGCUACUCUACAGAGUGGUGGAUAAUGAAGGCACUCUGCAGCUGAAGAGGAGCUUCCCCAUCAAGCACGGCUCCCAGCCCCUCCACAGCAUCUUCUGCCCUCUCAUGUCCUUCAGACAGGGCGCCUGUAUUGUGACUGGCAGUGAGGAUGCCUGUGUCUACUUCUUCGAUGUGGAGCGCAACACUAAGGCCAUAGUCAACAAACUGCAGGGUCACGGUGGCCCAGUGCUGGACGUCAGCUUCAACUGUGACGAGAGCUUACUGGCUUCUGCAGACUCCACUGGUAUGGUCAUCAUCUGGAGGCGGGAGCAGAAGUGACCAACCAAUCAAAAGCUUCCUUCCAUGCACUACAAAAAAUAAGCAACUACCACUUUGAACCAUAGAAUGCUAAAUACAAGGGGCAGGGAAGGGGUAUCUGUGUUUUUAAGGCUGGGAUUUAGUUGUUACCGUGAGUGCGGUUUCCGCGAACGCGGGAACAUUGCCAUUAAAUAUAGCCGACAAAGUGCGAUCUAAUUGAAUCCCUGCCUAGGUUUUCAACGUAAAGGGAGCACUGCUCCUCACUGAGGGUCCUGAGAGGCUUGCAUGUGUCAAGAUUAGGACCUGUAAUAGAGCUAACUACUUAUUGUAAAGCAGUAAUACAUCAAAACUGAAUAUACAGUAGUAUUAAAUGACAGCCUUGUUCCUCUGGAGUUGCCCAUUUUCCUUCAUGUGCAUAGCAUUGUAUCAAGAACCCAUCAUAGAAAUCAGUACUGACAUAUUGGAAUAACUCCUGUAUAAAAAUGUUUAAGACUUGAUGGGACCUCAAAGAAAACAUUGUGUGUUUGUGAGUUUUUGUGUGUUUGUAUGUGCCUGUGUGUGUCAUUGAACAUCAUGGUUGCAAAUAACUUUAAUAUAUUUAUGAUAUGCACAUACUGAAUAAAGUAGCCAAAUAGA